AAAGCACUUCAUCAUCAUGCAUUGGGAGAAAACUACGGAAGAGAGAAGGUCACCAAGAUCACCGCGCAUGCUUACACGAAAGACAAAGUCUGCAAGAGAACUGUAUCGCCCUGCUAUUAAAGAUCUGAGUGAAGAAACCAGAAAGAUUUACCCUGAUGAAAACGAGGAUCCAUUCAUGGCACCGGGUCCAGCUGUCAGUGAACCAGAUCUGUAUGCAAGGGCACUCACAGAUCGUGACAACACAAUCGAAAAUUCACCGGAAGUAACGACAUUACAACCGGCUUUCUCUAUUAAUCAGCGCAUACAGGCGGCAGUGAUCGAAACGGAAUGUUACCGAAAUCGGAUGCCGACGUCAGCGUCUAACCGACUGCGCCUUCUCAACACAUUCAAACGUCCAAGAAGUGUGGACAGUUACUUUGCUCCCCCUUACCAAAAUGAGACUCCCCUUGACCAAAGUAUUCACAUCACAAACUUGCCGAAUGUGCAUCACGCACACAAGUCUCACCGAAAAAGAAAUGCACCGUUACAAAGCACAACAACACAAACUUAUGAAAAUUUUCAUAGACCACAGAUACGCCAUGUGAUACAAAACGGAACACUGCUCUCAGACGGAAGUACAGGGAAAAUAAGUGGUUUUCACGAGUAUCUUAUAAGUAAACACCCCACAGUGAAACAAAAAAUAGCUUCUUGGCUGACUGAUGGACUUAAAGUACAAAGUAUCAGACUACGAAACAGUCAGAGAGAGAAAACAACAAAUCAAAAACCACCAGGAAAGUUGAGAACCAAUUUAACAGAAAGGAAACUGUUCAUUCACAGGGACUUAACAGAACAAGAGGCCGAGGGUGAAGAAAUUGAAAGUAAAAUAUUCGAACUAAGAAUUUCUUCUUUGCAGCCCUCAGGAUGACCAACCUCUCUUUUUUUCAUCAGCGAUCAAAUGUGCACUUAACUUUAAUUCAUUUUUGGAAAUAGAUUAAGGUUUUAUUUCCUUUAUUCUUAAUUCUUUAACAUAAUUUUUAGCAUAUGCUUCAUCAUGUAAAUCGAGAAUUACAGAGUAAUUACAAUGAACCAGUACUAGUAUUAAUGCUGGUAAAUAAUGUUCAGAAGAGACCGCGAGCUUAAUAUGCAAGUUUUUAUUAUUUUUUUCAUCUUUUGUGAAUCUUUUGGUAAAAUGAUACGUGUUUCAAGAAAUAACUUUUAUAUUCCUUCUUUUU